AUGCAUGAGCACCGCAAGAGGAAGAUGGCAGGCAAUAUUGGUCAGUCAGCCACCGUCUGCCGCUCCCACGAGGCUUGCAUGCUGCUGUUUUGUGCUGCAAUGCACAUGGAACAAAUGGGUGUACUAGCUACACACAUCCCCUAUGCUCUUCUCCAUGCCUUCGCUCGCGCGCUCCCACCCCAUGAGACUCUGGCUUGGGGGUCCUCUGCAUCUGCACCGGAGAGGGGCUUGAAGGACACCCCUGCCGGCUUGGAUCCAAUGCUACUACAGUAUCCGUACAGUACGCUGUGA